CGGUUCUAUUGGGGGACUGCAAGAGAAAACAAGAGCGCUAGGCUAGCGCGGAACACUGACACGCCACGCAUCACGGAACGGCAAGGGGCGGAAAUCGAGGAUCUAAAGGAGUGUGCUGUGUGGUUGCAGAAUCAAUACCACUGGCAGGAUUUCGAGGAUGGAGUGGUGGGGGAAAAGAGAGCAAUGCUCGGAGGUUUGGGCCCUUCCUGCAGAUCUCUAAGUGACAUCUCUGUUUGGAUCCGCUGCGGGAGCGUUGGACCGGUGGGAUCAGGGCGAUUUGGCGACCAAUUGCAACGGGCCGACAACUCGCAGAGUGCUGCCAAUUUUGAUAUGACGAUCGAGUGCCGUUGGGCUGUUGGUGAGUCACUGUUCUCGGAAGAAUGUGGGCUCACGAUGUUACUGCAGGUGAGACUGUCUUUUUCUGCCAAAGAAACCUCUGGUGGAUGGUCAGAACUGCCUGCAAAGCCCAGGGGGCAUGAGGGAAAGCAGAGCCUGCCAGACGCGAAAAAGAUGGUCCUCAUGGGCGCUAAGACGGUUCGCAUAGUUUUCCAGGUCUGCAUGGCCUGCUCAUGCCUGCUACUGUCAGCAGUCCUGAAAUGGACGACAUCACCGAGGACUUCACUGCGGAACAAGAGACUAUGCUCGCUGAACCACGCAAGAGCAACAUGAACAUCACGUCCACUACUUCAGAGUCGCGUCACGCAGUUGGCGC